GCAGUGAAGGCAGUAGACAGGCUGAAGACUUAAUAUUUAUACUCUGUAACCAUGCUGCGGUUUUUCAUCGUCACAAUUGUUGCUGCUGCUUCGGCCAGCGUCAUCCAUGACGGAGUCUGUCCAGAAAUGAAGCCGGUUGAAAACUUCAACGUAUCUGCUUAUGCUGGCACCUGGUACGAGAUCUCCAAGUACCCCGCAGAAGCGGAAAAGAACGGCAAGUGUGGUUCAGCGGAGUACAAGGUGGAAGGUGACGUCAUCAAGGUCAAGAACACCCAUGUGGUCAAUGGAGUCCAGGCCUUCAUCGAGGGGACUGCCAAGCUUGCUGCUGAUGCCAACAAGGCUGCCAAGCUGCAAGUUUCGUUCAAAUUCGGAGACGUUGUAAGCGAAUCUCCUCUGCUGGUUCUGGCUACUGACUACAACAACUACGCUGUCGCCUACAACUGCAAGUACGACGAGAAGACCAAGAAACAUGAAACUAAUGCGUGGGUCCUGUCUAGAAGCAAGAAACUGGAAGGCAACGCUAAGACUGAGGUUGACAACUUCUUGAAGGCAAACUCCAAGGAACUAGAUGCCUCCAAGUUCCUGCAGACCGACUUCUCUGAGGAAGCCUGCAAGUUUAACGGCACCAGUCUCAUCACAGAAGCCCCUAAACCUAACAAGUCCUAAACGGGCGAAGACUGAAAGAGUAUUUUCACCAGAUUGUUUUAAGUAAUUUCUUUUAUUUAAGAGCCCGCACGCCAUAGUACAAAAAACUGUUCACAAAAUUAUGGUACCGAUUUAGUACUCUUACAUUCUCAAUGCUGUUGUUUGCAAAUAUUAUUUCCAAUGUGUUAAGAGCAAAUAUAUUUUAUUUUCUGAUAAUGUGCUGUGAUAAGUUAAGAUUUUUUUGCAUUUCAAGUAAUUCAAAGUUUAACUUGUUGAAAAUAAAAAAAAAUCCAAUGAUUAUUGAUUUAAUAUAUUAAAUUAAAUAUGGGAAAUGAAAUCCUUUAUUGUUUUCUGAUUUCACGGUAAAGAUAUUAUGUCAAUCAUCAUACUAACAUACUGUAUUAUUUAAUUUAAGUAAGUAUAAUCUCAUAAGUGUGAUAUGAUAAAUGAUUUAAGGCACGGAUAUAAAUGCUGUAGCUUUAAAAUAUUUAUUAGAUAA